AAACUGCAGUUUUUACGAAUUAAAGGGCGUUUAUGUCCUCCUUCCGGGGACCUACUUUGUCAAACGACAGAGGUCACAGUGAAUGUUUUGUGUAAUCGAUCUGUCGGAGAUUGAUUUGUGCAUUGAAGUUACCAUGCGAGUUGUCGUCUGACGUCAUGGCUAAACUAAAGGGGGUCAGUCUCAAGGACUUUGGGAUUUCUAAGACGAUCGGCUUCCUGCUUGACAGACCACUUGACAAACUUCCGGAAUACUUUGAGGAAUGGAACGCUCUGGCGAAACAGGCACCGACGUUGGCGGUUCAGGACAAAGUUUUGCGAGAGAUGGUAGAUAAGUUGCCGUUAUUGGACCAUGAACGUCUCACCACAUACCGUGAAUUACGAUUGGCUCAUCUCACUUUGUGCGCCAUUGCCACGUGUUACAUCUGGCAGGAGGGGGAUAAAGGGGUGCCCAAGGCGUUACCGAGGAAUCUAGCCGUGCCGUGGUGUGGAGUGUCCAGACGCCUAGGUCUGCAGCCCGUGCUUAAUCACGCCACCUUCUGUCUAGCAAACGUCAAAAUCAAGGACCCCGACAGGACAGUGGAGUUGUCUAACCUAGAAUGUGUGUACGAAGUAGUCCCCGGGGGAAAGCAGGCGGAGUGGUUCAUCAUCGUCACCGCCAUGAUUGAGCACAACUUUGCUCCUGCCAUAACUCACAUUAUGGAAGCCAUUUCCGCCGCCGACAGAAAUGACGUCACAUGUUACAAGAGUUCUUUGGCAGGAAUCGGCGAUGUGAUGAUCAAUAUAAAGAAUACAUUCUCUAGGAUGCACGAUGAAUUAGAUGCAGAUGUAUUUUACAACACCUUGCGCCCAUAUCUUAACGGAUGGGGAGGUCCUGGAUCGUCUCUCCCCGAUGGUCUGAUCUAUGAGGGAGUGUGGAAGGAGCCCCAAAAGAUGAUAGGGGGAAGUGCUGCCCAGAGCAGUUCAAUGCAGCUGAUUGACGCGGCUCUGGGAGUCGAGCACGAGAAAGAUAUUGCGGAUUUCUUACACAAAAUGCUAACCUACAUGCCGCCGAAACAUGGCCAAUUUAUAAAGUUGAUCUCCAGGGAAAGCAAUCUCAGACAGUAUGCUCUUGAUCAUGGUGGUGACGUCAAACGCUCUUUCAACGAAUCUGUGCAGGCUGUUAUUGACUUCCGGUCCUACCAUAUACAAAUCGUCACCAAGUACAUCAUAAUUGCGUCCAGCAAGGAGACGAGGAGCCGAGACUACGAAUCCGUGUCCUCGAAAGGCACUGGGGGUUCCAGUCUGAUCCCUUUCCUGAAGAGUAUACGCGACACAACAGCUCAAGCCAUCAUAAACUGACUGUCUACUAUUGAACAUGCAGAUUCACUAAAUGAUCAAUUCCAUAUGCGAAUUUGCUCUAUGGCAAACAUCGAUUGAUACAAUCGUCUAAUUGCUACAUACUAAAUACUAGUUGUUAAUUGUUAUUUACAAAUGCUGGUUGCUAAAUGCUAUUUGAUCAUCGUUUACCGAUAGAUUUGCAGUUGCUUAAUGCAGUUGUGGAUUUUUUCCCCACAAAAUCCAUCGUCAACUUCCUAUAUUUGUGUAGCAAUAUUCCAUUAUAACCUGCAUGGUGUUUAUGUCUCUUAACUGAUUCGAUACGCUAGAGCUUCUGCUUAUGGUCAGUUUUUAAAUCGAUGCAAGCUACUGACAAACAAGUUGAUGGUACAGGGGUUUCCACAGUCUCGAUUGAAGUCAGCAUUUCGCAAAUUCUAUGGUCGUUAUAACGAUCUAGUUUAUCAAUAACAACCUAUCAUUGAGUCAAAUGCUGUUUGAUGUGUUUUAUACCGAUUGUUAGGCCGUUCUUGGCACACUGAUUUUGACUAUGGAUAACUCCGUGUAUCUGAUCAGGAUAUAAGGCUUACGGCGGGUGUGACCGGUCGACAGGGGAUGUUUACUCCUCCUAGGCACCUGAUCUCACUUCUGGUGUGUCCAGGGGUCCGUGUUUGCCCAACGAUCUAUUUUGUAUUGCUUGUAGGUGUUGUGAGAUUGAUCACUGUUCGUUAUCCUCACUUUUCAUUUACAAGGCAUUACUGGCAUAUAUAUGAAAACUCUAUGUUUGGCACCCAAAAUGGCUGAAUAUUUUUGGCUAAUACUUGACUUUUACAUGUGCCUCAUCCUGGGUCCUCCACUGUAAUGCCAAGUUGACAAAAUGAAUUUAAGCAAAGACUGUAAUUUAUACCUACCGGUACAUCUGAAGUAUUUCUUUAUCAGAGAUAAUGGUUACGCCACAAUAUAUGAUGCACAAAGUAGUAAAAGAGUUUGCCUUUCCCUAUGUUUUCAUCCGUACUCCUGCAUUCUGACCCACAUCUGGAUUUUCCAUAUCGACACUAGAAUUCCUAGCAAUGGCAUUAUAAUAUAAUUAAAACAAUUUGAAUAGUAGUUCGCCACAGUCACAGCUCUUUAGUAUAUUAUAUAUACAUGUUAUAUAGAAUACAAAAUUAGUAGUAGAGCAAAGACGGAUCCCUGGAUAUACCAGAAGUGGGAUCAGGUGCGCCCGGGAGAAGUAAGCAUCCACUGAAUACCGAUCACGCCCUCCUUGAACCCUAUAUCUCGAUCAGGGAAACAGUAAUCCGUAGUCAAAAUGAGAAUGUAAAAAACCACCUAACAAUCUGCAUUUGACCCAAUGAAUGGUUAGAUUAUUAUAAUGACCAUACAAUUUGCGCAGUUCUGAUUUUAUACAAGACUGUUUAAACCCUUGUAACAUCAACUUAUUUGUCAUGCCUCAAUUUAAAAAUUGAUCAUACGCAGAACAUCCUUGCGUAUCAAAUCAACCGAGAGGCAUAAACACCACAUGAAGGUAAUAAAGGAAUAUUGCUAUAUAAAUAUGGGAAGUUGACGACGGAAAACCUGAAGUCAUUGCCUUUUAUCAUUAAGAUGUUAGUUUGCCGUUAACAUCUAUGUAAUAUAUAAUGUAUUUAUUACAUGAAUUUUAGUUAUGAAUCUCUAUUAUAAGUAUACAUAUCUGCUGACUGUGAAUGAAUGGCAAUUAAUAGCAAUCUGAAAUCGGCAAGAAGCAGUUAACCUUAUCAUUUGGCCAUCGAAAUUAAGCCAUGGACAUUUAUCAAUUAGCAUUUGGCAAUUAGCAUUUAGGAACUAAUGAAGAGCAAAUGACAUUUUGGACUUAACAAUCGCCUUUUAGUAACUAGAAUGUUGGUUCAGGAUUCCCAAAGUUUUACACACGGCAUUCUUGUUUCACAGCCCUCCAAACUAUCAUCGCGCCAGAGAUUUUAUAUGUUUGCAUUGAUACUUUUUCAUGCAACUUUUCUAUAUAUGUUGUUACUGUAUAUUUUAUUACGUAUUAUUUAAUGUUUUCUACUGUUAACAGUGAAAUUUGAUAACAAUGUACACUGAAUGAGAAUGAAUAAAAUGGAUGAAAUCUACA